AUGGCAUACACGACAUCAUAUGACAGUUCAAACUCUGGGUUCCAAGUUGGGCAAAACCUUGGUCACAUCACUAAUCAGUUCCUACAAGCAGAAAAAUCAUUGAAUCAGGCGUGCCUGCGGGAUUUGCGGACGACCGAUCCUCACCAUGACAAAGAUCGUAUUCAGAACACCAACGGAGGGUUAUUCAAAGACUCAUACUGCUGGAUUCUGGACAAUGAAGAGUUUCAACAAUGGCAAAACAACCAGAGCAACUGUCUCCUCUGGAUCAGAGGUGAUCCGGGCAAAGGCAAGACAAUGCUGCUGUGUGGUAUCAUCGAUGAAUUAACGCGAUUGUUUGGGGACACUGCGAAUAUCUCGUUCUUUUUUUGCCAAGCUACCGACGUACGAAUAAAUAAUGCCACGGCUGUUCUCCGUGGCUUGAUAUAUUCGCUUGUCGAGAAGCAGGUAUCUCUUCUCUCCCAUGUGCAAAGACAGUAUGAUAAAGCGGGAAAAGCACUGUUCGAGGACAUAAACGCAUGGAAUGCCCUCUCGAGGAUCUUCACGGAUAUGCUGAAAGACCAGACCUUACAGAGCACCUAUUUGAUUAUCGACGCCCUAGACGAAUGCACGACAGGCUUACCUUCCCUUAUCAACUUGAUUACUCACACAUCGUCUGCUUAUCCACAGGCAAAGUGGAUUGUCUCCAGCCGCAACUGGCCUGAUAUCGAAGAGCGGCUUGACACUACCCAGACAACUCCAAUCUCAUUAGAGCUAAAUGAGUCGUCUGUAUCUGAAGCUGUGGGCAAACUCAUUCAACAUAAGGUUCACUAUCUGGCGAAAGUUAAAAAGUAUAGCGAAGAAACUCGUGAUACGAUCUGCCGUCACUUGUCAUCUAACUCGCAAGGCACUUUCCUUUGGGUAGCUUUGGUCUGUCAAGAGCUUGAUAGAACAACGCGGAGGCACGCUCUUAAGAAGCUGGAGACGUUUCCUUCUGGACUGAAUGCCUUGUAUAGUCGGAUGAUCGAUCAGGUUCGCAACUCAGAAGAUGCCGAGCCCUGCAAGCGGAUACUGGCUGUCAUGUCCAUAGUGUAUCGGCCUAUCGCGUUUGACGAGCUAGCCUCUCUUGUUGAGCUACCUGAUGAUCUCUCUGAUGACUCUGAAGCCCUAUCAGAGAUUAUCGCGAUUUGUGGCUCCUUUCUAACUGUGCGCGAAGAGACUAUCAUUUUCGUCCAUCAGUCUGCAAAGGAAUUUCUACUCAGAGAGACGCAAAAUGGGGUCUUCCCUGGAGGUAUAGACGCUGAACACCAUGCAGUUUUCUCUCGCUCUCUACAAGCCAUGUUUAAGGUAUUUCGGCGUGACAUCUUUCAAAUUGAGUUUCCUGGAUUCCCGAUUGAGAAAGUCAUACCACCCAGCCCGAAUCCAUUAGCAGCUGCGGAGUAUGCGAUCUGGGAUCCCGCUACCGGCCAGUGCACGUCAACCCUCGAGGGGCAUAGCGGUUGGGUCAAUUCGAUUGCCUGGUCGCAAGAUGGAAGCCGACUCGCAUCAGCGUCCUCCGAUAAAACCGUCAGGAUCUGGGAUUCGACCACCGGCCAGUGCGCGUCAACUCGCGAGAGACAUAGCAGUUCGAUUAACUCGAUUGUCUGGUCGCAAGAUGGAAGCCGACUUGCAUCAGCGUCCUCUGAUGAAACCGUCAGGAUCUGGGAUCCGGCAACCGGCCAAUGCGCAUCAAUUCUCGAGGGAUAUAACGGUCCGGUUAACUCGAUUGCCUGGUCGCAAGAUGGAAGCCAGCUCGCAUCAGCGUCCUCUGAUAACACCGUUAGCAUUUGGGAUCCGGCCACUGGCCAGUGCGCGUCAACUCUCAAGGGACACAACGGUCCGGUUAACUCGAUUGCCUGGUCGCAAGAUGGAAGCCGACUCGCAUCAGCGUCCUCUGAUAACACCGUCAAGAUCUGGGAUCCCGCUACCGGCCAGUGCGCGUCAACCCUCGAGGGGCAUAGUGUCUCGGUCACCGCAAUUACCUGGUCGCAAGAUAGAAGCAGACUCGCGUCAACGUCCUUUGAUCACACCGUCAGGAUCUGGGAUCCGGCCACCUGUCAUUGCACAUCAAUCUUCCAUAUCCGCUCUCCCGGCUUCAUUCAAUUUGAUCAAGUCAAUCUCAAUCAUUUACACACCUCAGAUGGUACAUUUGAUAUAGGACUCACCGAUAACCUUACGUCUCCUCCUCACUUUUCAACCCAGCCAGAACAAUACGGGUAUAGUUUGAAUGAUGACCAUUCCUGGCUAACCUAUAAUGGAGUCAACAUCCUUUGGUUGCCUGCCGAAUAUCGACCAACUCACCCUUCUCAUUUUGCUAUGUCUUCAACAAAUUUGGCGAUCGCUGGUUCGUCACAUCGUAUCAUAUUCCUCGCACUUAAAGAUCAGUGUGGCCUUUGA